AUGAGUGUGUGUGCCUGCGGCGCGUCAUACCUGUGGAGGUGGCUGCUGAAGGCUCUGUUGGUCUUGGCUGCUGUGCUGCCGACGAGCGGUGACUGCCCCAAAUCAUGCGCCUGUUAUGUCCCCACCGAAGUGCACUGCACCUUCAGAUACCUGACCGCCAUACCUGACCACAUCCAGCCAGCUGUGGAAAGAAUUAACCUCGGGUACAACAGUAUAACUGUCUUGAGAGAAAAUGAUCUUUCAGGACUUGAGAACUUAGAGCUGUUGAUGCUGCACAGCAACACUAUACACAGUAUUGAAGACAGAGCCUUCCAAGACCUCAAGUCCUUACAGGUCCUGAAGAUGUCCUAUAAUAAAGUUAAAAAAAUCAAUAAAGAGACAUUUAAAGGCCUGGACAGUCUGCUGAGACUCCAUGUGGACCACAACUACAUUGAGUUCAUCAGCCCAGAGGCUUUCUAUGGUCUAACCAACCUACAGUUGGUCCAUCUGGAGGGAAACCACCUCCAGCAGCUCCACCCAGACACAUUCAUCACCUUGAGACACAGCCAAGUGUUCAAGGUGUCGUCAGUUAGAAACAUCCACCUGUCGGACAACCUCCUCACCACUCUGCCUGCAGAUAUCUUUUUAGGCUGCAGCCAGUUAGAAAAUGUCUUCCUCCAUGGCAACCCCUGGGCAUGUGAUUGCCGAAUGAAGUGGUUCCCCAUGUGGGCACAGAGAAAUACAGGUGUGCUGAAAUGCAAGCGAGACAGGAGAUAUCCAAGAGGACAGCUGUGUCCUGUUUGUGAAAAUCCUGCCCCUUACCACAACAGGCCUCUAUCCCUUCUACCCAGUGAUGCCUUCACUUGUACCAAACCCUGGAUCCAACCCCAUCUAAAGCAGAAAAACAUCAGCCUGGAUGAGGGGGACUUUACUCCAGUUUCCCCCAAGGAUUUCAUUGCCCCAUUAGGCACCAUACAAAUGAACCUGACCGACCACUUUCACAGUGAGGGCAGUCUGUCCUGCACAGUCCAGAGGCCCUCAGCUUUUGAAAGCCUGACACAAACCUUGGAGGAGGAGGAGGGAAACAAUGUCACUGUGAUUACCUCUGGAAUAACUACAUAUUUGGUAUGUAACGUUGACUAUGAACACAUCCAGCAGCUGUGGCAGAUCCUGGCCACCUACAGUGACUCUCCCAUGAGGCUAGAGAGAGGGUUAAUGCUGGCCAGAAGCCCAGAAAUGGUUUACAGGUACAGUCAGAUCAAAACGAAAGAGGGAGAGGAAGGAAUUUACUCAAGCAUUGAGGCCGAGAUUAAAGCCUCCCCUGCAUGGUUGAUGCAGGGAGAGGUGAGCUUCCAGCUCGACCGCACUACUACCACUUUCUCUACUCUGCACAUUAAGUACCAGUCUGUGGUCAACCUACGUGUGGAAAAAACAUCGCCCAAGAGGGAUCGCUAUUCCUGGACCAUGAUCAAGAAAGAUAAUCAAACCAAGACUGAGCACACUGUACUUACAGGUGGUGUGACACAAUUGAACUGUCAAAUCCAGGGCGAGCCGAAGCCUUUGUUGGAGUGGAUUUUACCCGAUGGAAGUAAGGUCAGAGCCCCUUACUCCAGUGAGGACAGGAGGAUCAUAAUCACUGCUGAAGGGAAGCUCACUCUACGGGGUGCAGAUGCCUCAGACACAGGCCUGUACCGGUGCAUUGCCACAAACUACCUGGAUGCAGAUAUCCUCCUGUUUCGAGUGACAGUUCUGUCCCCUGACGUGGAAGAAACUGAGGUCAACGGUGUCCAACUUUCAAGGCCACUGGGUGAAAAUCUGGUAUUUGACUGUAGCUCCUCAGGGAUUCCUGAGGCCUCAGUACAGUGGAUCCUCCCUGAUCACUCAGUACUGGAUAAGUCCCAUGGGAACAGAAAGGUAUAUAAGAAUGGGACUCUGCUGAUUCAGGGGCUCACAGAGAGGGGCAGAGGGUUUUAUAGGUGUUUGGUUGCUAAUCACCUGGGAGUUGACCUGCUCGUGUCUCAGGUGACGGUAACUGGAGAAACAUAUGAAAAGGUGACAGAUUUGGACAGGGAGGGGUCAGGGAUGGAAAUGGCGAUCAAGACAGACCCUAGCGUGACAGAAAACACAGUCACCCUCAAUGAGAUCCCUUCUUCCAGUCCCUCUGAAGGAACUAGUCAAGAAUCCAGGACCAUCACCUCAGAUCGACCUUACCCCAGACUCAGGUCACAGGGCAGAGGAGGCUCAGGAGGUAGACUGGGACAGAGGAGGAGGGGGCCAGUCAGCAACAGACGCAUCUGGAGUAGUAGGGUUUUUGAUAAAACUUCCAGGAAAGUAGAUCCACAGAAAUUUGCUGAAUUGAUGAAGAAGGCUCAAGAUGGAUCAAGAAUAAGGAGUGACACAGAGAAAGAGAGGGCAAAAUAUGAAGACUCACACCCUGGUCUUUCUGGUGAUGGUGAUAUUGGUUCCGGUGAGGGUCAUAAUGAAGACCUCCUCAUUGUAGUGCCAAGGGUAGUCAAAACAACUAUAGAUAAUCCAGAAGAAAAUGGAAUAUUUAGGCAAGACAGUGAGACGGAAACAACAACACCGACACAGAUAAGUCAGGGUCGUAUUUUAGCAACAACAGGGGCUCAUCAAACUGCUGUUAUGGAAACCACAGUUAGCAAUCACAUUGAUUUUAGUAGAAUAACAGAAAAUACAAACACAACAACAACAGAGUCAUAUAUGCAGUCAGACUCUACACCGAUCAAGUCCACAUUCACAGACAAUCCACGUUUUGUUGAGAAGACAGAGUUUUAUGGCCUUGAAAGAGCCAGCGAGCCCCCCUCAGACAUGCGCCCAGUUACUGUCCAACUUAGUGUGACAGACAAUACACAUGAAACUCAGCUCCAGUUCUCAGGACAAGAACCUGCAGAGCCAGAGACAUCCACAGGAGCAGCACUUUCAUUUACCACAGACCCUAACAUUACUCCAAUGAGGGAUGGACCAGGCCCAGUGGAGCUAUUCAUCCACACAGACCCAGAGAGCCGGACCACAUUCACAGCCGUCACCACCACAGAGAGACAGCAAGAUGAGAUCACCUUCCACACCACCCAAACAAUCAAAUCCCCACGCCUGCCUGCAGGAUCCACCAUCAUCUCCCGGCAGCAGAUCCAUAUCAUCCCACACAAGAAUGGCAGAGGAGGGGGCCGCAGGAGGACCUUCCAAGGCCGCAGGAGGAUCAUAAAACCCAACAGGAUCACUGACAUACAGUCCUUCAUCAAUAAACUUAAACAGCCCUCAUUGAAGAAAGAAGGGAAUGCCUCGGUGCCAUAUCAAAUUGAACUGACUACAGACUGUGAUUGUGAUGAAGACAAAAAGAGGACAGCAGCCACGGAUGUGCAGAUGGUAGCACCAUCAGCUUCCUCCAAUUCAUAUUUACAUAGAACAGAGAGACCCGCCACUACACAAAAAACAGUAGCUUCUGCCACAAACUAUUACGGGACUGUAAAUGCCCCUUCAACCCAUAAAGAGUCUAAGCCAGAUGAUUCCAGUGGUUAUGUAACCUCUGCUGAUGCCCCAGAGUUUGACCCUACAAUGAAUCCAUUUUUGACCACAAAUAAAGAACCAUCUGUUUCAUUCUCAACCACGACCACUACUACAACUGCCUCUAAGGUUAUUCGUGGAAGAAUUCCAUGGGACAGGCUGUUUGGAGGCAGAGAGAGAGAAAAGAUACUUGCCAGGCUAAGGAGGCCAUUAAUCAUUCCAAAAACGUCAACUACAGCUCAAACCACAACAGUAACUUUGACCACAACCCCUGCCGCUAUGCCCAGCACUACUGCAAACUCACUGGCUGAGCCCGAGACUCUGUCCCCAUCCAGACACACAUUAGAUGAUGACUAUGGAGAUUUAUCCUCUGCAGAUUUUGAGUUUACAACACUGGCACCCAGCUUGCAACAUAUAACUACUACCAGUUCUUCCUAUUACUCCAGGUACUCCACCACUCCUGAAACACCACCAGAAUCACAGACUCUACCCUCUCCACCUACUGCCAAACCCCCUUCAAUUAAAAAUCCUGAUGAAGCCUUAUCUUCAGGGUCUGGUGGACUCCCUGAUAAUUGGUUUGUAAUUAGACAGAGACCAGGUGGGACAAGAGUGCGGCAAGGUCGGAGAAGGAGGCCCUUCGGAGGCAGGAGACCCUUCAAAAACCCUAGAAUCCCUAAAGUACAUACUACUACAACAACUGAGGUUUCAACUUCAGAGGCAUCAACUAUGGAAUCUACAAUAGAGACAACCCGACUACCUCAACAGACUGUUUCACUUAACAAGCCCCUGUACACACCAUCUUGGAGAGAGGACAGAACCACAGUAGCUGUUUCCACUGACCAAAUGUCAAAGGAGGAGACUGACUUGUAUGAGGAAUUUGCCUGGAGCACAUCUAGCAGUUUACCAGCCUAUACUACAACCAAGACACCUUUAAUCACCUCAAAAUAUAACCCUACCACCACAGUGAUGCCAGCUACCACAAGAGGGUCUUACACAACAGUUCACACUAGAGUCCACAGCAAUAUCAGACCACCAACACAUAGGAACAAUGGUCACAUCACUCGCAGGCCACCAAUGAGUACAGUGAGACCUACUGUGCAAAGCAGUUCUGCCAGAGGCAGUACAGAUAAAGGCCUUAACUUUGACACAGUGAUCAUCCUUACACCUGAGAAAGGACACAUCAACACCCCUGAGCCUUACAACAACAUAGGCACACACAAGGCCAUCUCUAGUGUGUAUUAUCAUGUCUCUGGCAAUGAAGCUACAAGUGCCAAUAUUGCUGGCCUAGAACCCACAACGCAGGUCAUGACAAGCAGACCUAAGAUAGUUGGAGGCAAUGCGGCCAGCUUUACGGUUUUGUCCAACUCAGAUGCUUUCUUGCCAUGUGAGGCUGUCGGAAACCCCCAGCCAGAUAUAACCUGGAAACGCUUUUCCUCAAGCACAGGAAGCACCAUUACCAUUAAGGGGAGGAUGGGAAAGUUUGAAGUGUUGAGCAAUGGCACACUGUUCAUCCAGAAUGCCAACAUUAAGGAUCGUGGCCAGUACCUCUGUCUAGCUGAGAAUGAUCAUGGAUCAGAUAAACUUCUUGUCACCCUCUCUGUCGUGGCCUAUCCCUCACGCAUACUGGAGCCAAAAAUGCGUGAGAUAAAAUCUCAUGCAGGAAACACUGUGGAGAUGAAAUGUAAAGCAGAGGGAAGACCCUUGCCCAUGAUAUCCUGGAUCCUGGCCAACCGGACCCAAGUCAGAGGUCAAAACACAGAGAAGGGAAGGGUAUCAGUAUCUGCCGAGGGGACUCUGGUCAUUGAGCAUGUGUCUGUUUAUGACAGAGGUCAUUACAAAUGCAUUGCCAGUAAUCCAGCUGGAGCUGAUACUGCUACAGUCCGACUGCAGGUGGUAGCAGCUCCACCGGGCAUCAUGGAGGAGAAACGGCAGCAGCUCAAAGCAGGUGUAAACCAGAACCUGUGGCUACCCUGUACUGGCCAAGGCAGCCCUCAGCCUGCUAUUCACUGGGUCCUUCAUGAUGGGACAAUGGUACCAUCCAACAGGCCUGCCAGAGACCCAAGGAUAUCAGUGUAUGAGAAUGGGACACUCCACAUUCAGGACGUGACUCCAGCAGACAGCGGGAAAUAUGAAUGUAUUGCUACCAGCUCUACUGGCUCAGAGCGAAGGGUGGUGACUCUGAUUGUUGAGAGGCGGGAAUCUGCACCUCAAAUAGUGGACACAUCCCAGCGUGUCACAGAGUUGUCCUUUGGGGAUCAGUUGAAACUAAACUGUUCAGCGACAGGAGACCCAGAACCAAGGAUCAUGUGGAGGCUGCCUUCUAAAGCUGUGGUGGACCGUUGGCAUAGGAUGGGCAGCAGAAUCCAGGUCCUGGAUAAUGGUACUCUUAUCAUUAACAUUGUGAGUGAUAAAGAUACUGGAGACUAUCUGUGUGUGGCACGAAGCAAGAUUGGCGAUGAUCUCCAACUCAUGAGGGUCAGUGUGUCAAUGAAGCCAGCCAAGAUAGAGCCUAAACUCUAUGGCAAGAAGCAGGUACCAUUUGGUAAUGACUUCAAGGUCGACUGUAAAGCCUCAGGAGCACCAAAGCCAGAGAUCUCCUGGGGUCUACCGGAUGGUACAGUGGUCAACAGCGCUCUGCAGUCUGACGGCAGCAGUGGAGGAGGACGAGCACGGCGCUACACUCUGUUUGACAAUGGAACUCUUUACCUAAACCAGGUUGGUAUGUCAGAGGAAGGGGACUACACAUGUUACGCUGAGAACCAGGUGGGCAAGGAUGAGAUGCAUGUGCACAUCACUGUGGUGACCGCUGCCCCCAGGAUACGUCCACCCAGUCAGACCUAUGCAAGGGUGAAGCCUGGAGGGAACAUCCGCUUUGACUGCGAAGCACUUGGGGAACCCAAACCCAAAAUCUUGUGGAUGCUGCCCACCAACGAUGUAAUUGCAGCAUCGAAUGAACGCUACCUAAUGCAUGUCAAUGGUUCUCUGGAUAUCAGGGAUGUGAAGCUUGUCGAUGCUGGGGAGUAUGUGUGUAUGGCUCGCAACCUCGCUGGAGAGAAUAGAAAAGUCUACAUGCUUGAUAUAGACGGGAAUCCACCAGUGAUCAAUGGCUACCGCCAGAACAGGACUGUAAUCAAAGAUGCAGCUGCUAAACACUCAAGGAAAUUAAUAGACUGUAAGGCUGAGGGUGAUCCCACUCCUAGUAUCACUUGGAUUAUGCCUGAUAACAUCUUCCUGACAGCACCAUACUUUGGCAGCAGGAUUAAUGUCCACCAUAAUGGGACAUUAGAGAUCCGUAAUGUGCGACCAACUGACACAGCACAGUUCAUAUGCAUGGCGAGAAAUGAUGGAGGAGAGGCAGUAAUGGUGGUGCAGCUGGAAGUGACCAGUAUGCUCCGAAGACCGAUUUUCAAGAACCCCUACAACGAACGUAUUGUGUCUCGAGUCGGGAAAACCACAGUUCUGAACUGCUCUGCUGAUGGACACCCAAUUCCAGAGAUCAUCUGGACUUUACCUAAUGGAACACGGUUUACUGGUGGACCCGACCAUGGCUCUCGCCACCACCUAGGCAAUGAUGGGACUUUGAUCAUCUACAACCCUCACAAAGAGGAUUCUGGAAAGUACCGCUGUGGUGCCAAGAAUUUCUUGGGCUACAUAGAGAAGCUAAUAAUUUUGGACAUUGGGCAGAAGCCCUACAUCCUCACAAGGCCUAGGGGCAUCAUUCGCAGUGUGUCUGGAGAACCUCUCUUCCUUCACUGUCUAUCUGAUGGGAGUCCCAGACCCAGGAUCUACUGGACCAUUCCUGGUGGCCACACUUUUACUCGGCCUCAAGUCCUUGGUCGCUACCAGUUGUUUGAGAAUGGUACUUUGGUUGUUCAAGAGAGCACUCUCCAUGAUCGAGGGAACUACAUCUGCAGAGCUCGGAACGAUGCUGGGGAGGCUGUGCUCACUAUCCCUGUUGUUAUCGUUGCUUAUCCUCCACGGAUCACAACAGGGCCGCCUCCCAGUGUAAAGGCAGUGACCGGGACACCUAUCCAGCUCAACUGUGCUGCCAUUGGAGUCCCCAAGCCAGAAAUAAUAUGGGAGCUGCCCGAUCAUUCAGUUCUGUCAACAGCAGAGCAGGGCCGGCCUACGGGUAGUGAGAUGCUCCACCCACAGGGCACACUUAUCAUCCAGAGGCCCACAGUCUCAGACUCAGGCACAUACAAGUGCCUGGCCAAGAACCACCUAGGUACAGACUCAAAGGUCACAUAUGUACAUGUUCUGUGAGAAAAAAGACAUGAUUGAGGGAGGACAGUGGUACAUCUGAAUGUAAACUUUAACAGACACAGUCACUUGCAUCAUUUACAGUACAUGCUUCCUCACAUGGAUUUCUGAGGAUCACAGCGUGUGGAAUAUUAUUUGAAGAACUGACAGAUGUGGAUUAGAAAAAUAAACAGAGCGCAAGAAGAGAAAGGAAACAGACAUUUUACAGUUUUUUUUUAAACUGGAAAACCCAACCUGGGGCUAGAAAGUUGUUAUUGUAACUUUGGAACUGGGGGCCUGGAAAUUUGUAGGUGGUUCUCAUUUGGGGUGGUUCUCAUGGGAGCAAAAGGGCCAGUGCAUAGAGUCUAACCUAAUGUGAUUUCUUUGACCAGACAUUGCUGGCCGCACACAGGGAUACCAUUACAGCGUAUACAGAAGGGGAGAAAAUUUGUGUAGCGGACUGAAAGAAAGAAAAAAAGAUUCCCAAGAGGAUUGUAAUACCCUUUAGUCAGUGGCCAGAGAUUGUUGCUGUCACAACAUGCUUUGUGCUUUAACAGCAAAAGUAUAGCAAUUCAGCUUUCAAUGGCAAUUCAUUGAAUUUCACAGUGGAAGAAAAUAGGUUUAUUCCAAAAAUAUACUUGGCUUGUUUUACACUGGAUACAUAUCUGCAUGGACAGUACAGAGCUUUCAUACCAGAAUGAGAUUUUUUUAUUAUACAUUUUAUAUUUUGAUGACAGUUUAAAGCGGAUUGUUUUAU